AUGGGGGCUGGCUGUACUUUCAGAGUCUCUUUUGGGGGUUAUUGUUUAUUUGCUUAUUUCACCCUCAGGGAAGCCCAGGAUAGUCAGCGGCGCCUGCAGCCCAGAGUCGAUUGGCAGUGGUUACGGAGUCGAUUCGACUAUACCAAAACAAGAGACAGCGUGGGAGAGAGUCGUGAUCGGCCAUUUCUCAGGCAUACUCUUCAGAACGUUCUUGUGGUUGAUGUUAAGCACAGCUGUAUCGUUCCUCUACCUCGAGGUUCGCCAUUUGUUGCACUCUCUUACGUAUGGGGUGCUGGGCGUUUGGACGAUCUGAAGCUGACGAGCGACAACAUUGAUAGCCUCAUGUCUCCUGGAGCGUUGGACAAUACCGACCUACCAGCCACGAUCCGCGAUGCUAUCGAAGUGUGCAACUGUCUGAAUGAACGUUUUCUAUGGGUUGAUCGCCUCUGCAUCAUACAAGACACAUUGGAUGCCGAAUCGUUACAGUUGAAGCAAAUGGCUAGUCUCUAUAGUCAAGCAGUUUUCACAAUCGCAGCUGCGUCAGGUGACAGCGCCGCGCAUGGGCUUGCCGGAGUAAGCCUCGCGAGAGAAGAAGUGAAAGAAGUGAAGCUACCUCAUGAACUUUCCCUAGUGGAGAAUCUACCAGACCUUGACUGGCUUCUCUUUCACUCUAAAUGGUGGCAGCGCGGUUGGACAUACCAGGAACAUGUCGCCUCCUCAACUCUGCUAUUCUUUACAGAGUAUGAGCUAUUCUUAUAUCAUAAAUCUACCGAUGGUCUCUACAGGGAAUCUGUAGUGGAGGUGCAAUUCUCACCAUUUUUCGAUGACGAAGGUAUUUUAUAUAACAUCGAAGAAUAUAGCCAGAGGACACUGAGCUUUCAAACCGACAAACUUCGCGCGUUUGCCGGUAUACUCCAAGCAACUUGCGGCAAUCGAACAUCGUUUGGAUUACCCUGGGACCAUUUUGACGAGGCAAUCUUAUGGGAUUCCAAAGGAUGUGAUCGUGGACUGCAACCAGAAGCAGACAUGGAGAUAUUCCCAACAUGGUCUUGGGCAUCCGCAAAGGGGCCCGUUUACUUUGCCGACGCCUCCAGUUUUUUGUAUGGCCUUGCUUAUUGGGGAAGAUUUGAUAGUGGGCCGAUGAGCAACUCAAAACAAGCAAUUGGUCCACCCAAGACCCGGCAAGAUCCUGACGGAACGCUUCAGACAUCCCUGUUCUCAGCAAUGAUUGCAUGGGCCAUGGGAUGCGCACGACCUAUGGCACCAGAGUUUCUCAAGGCCAACUGCUCCAAGCUCGAAUAUUUACAGAGAUUGCGUGAGAGUAGGAUUACCAUUGACCCUUCUACAUAUUGGUCAUAUAUUUUCCACGAUUACAAUGAGGAGAUAUUCAAGGAUAUUCCAGAUGACCUGUCGCAUAUGUCGGGUCGUAUACUAGUUCACACUCAAAAGGCAUCAUUCACGCUGGACCAGAAAGACUUGAACAUUGAUGGUCCAUACGGGAGACAUCAGAUGGUUCUAGCCCGGUACAAAGGAAAGAUUGUGGGACGAAUGGAGCUGAACGUAGCGGCAGAGCAACUUUUUCAAUCUUGGAGCCGGAUCAACGUCGACUUUAUUUCGGUGGCUAUUUCGACAGACACCCAGUGCCCAAGAAACAUAUUUGUAUUCCGCGAAAAUUUCCGCGAGCACAUAUCAGCUAGUGAGUUCUACGGGUGUCCAUGCUCGGUGCAAGGCGAGUCCUUGAUCAACCCACAAGACCAUUUUAAAGAAUGUCCUCACCACCCUGAAACCGAUUCAGCGUGGCAUGAGCGUGAAGUGGAAUUCUCUCAAAUGUUUGAGGGGGACAAACGGGAGCACCGACGAUCAAAUUUCGAGCACAUUUCCGACUUGGCUAUUACAGACCCGGACGGCAACGUUUUUGACGAUAUCGGACACGUGCCCUCAGUUUGCGUUCUACUGAUUGCACCGAGUCCCGUCCAAAAGGAAAGCAUCACCAUGUACCAGCGGAUAGGCAUUGGGCAAGUUUAUCUCAAGAGAUGGGUUGAAGCAGCGCCCAAGUUUGAAAGCAUUGUCCUUGAAUAG